GCGCUGGUCCCGCGGCUCGGUUCCGUCGGGUCUGAUCCGGCUCGGCGGCCAUGGCGAGCAGGUCCAUUUGCAAGUUCUUCGUGAAUGGUGCUUGCUUUAAAGGAGACUAUUGCCAAUUCUCCCAUGACUGGAAUGAUCAACCAAAUGAUGUUUGCACAUUUUACCAGAACGGUGUGUGCUCCUAUGGUAGCCGUUGCAGAUAUGAACAUGUUGAUGUUUCUUUCGAAUACACCGCACCAUCAACUACUGCAGCGCUUGAACCAUCCAACUCUUCUGAGAUUUUCAGUUCUUCUGGAUGUCCUCUUUGCGAGGGACACCCAGACGUGUGCAUUGAGGCACUGCAGAUGCGUCAGUCUGGAUUGGCAUAUGUUUAUCAACCUGAUUCUGGAUAUACAUAUGUGCAACAUCGACUUGCUUCUAGAUUUGAUCAUGAAGAUAGCAUUCCAGAGGAUGAGAACAUGUUGUCAUCAACACCAACUGAAUCGAACCAAACGCCCCAUCCACUUGCUCAUCUGCCUAUAUGCUCUUCCGCUGCUGCUGGAACCUGUCCCUAUGGGGAAGAGUGCCCUCAGAUGCAUGGGGAUCUAUGCACAACCUGUAGAAAACAGUGUUUGCAUCCUCAUCGUCCCAGUGAAAGGGGGACUCAUAUCAAGCUCUGCAAGAGAAGCAACAACCGUCUUGAGACCUUGAAAAAGAGUGAAGAGAUGGAAUGUAGUGUGUGUUUAGACCGUGUGCUUUCAAAGCCCACAGCUGCAGAAAAGAGGUUUGGACUUCUACCGGAAUGUGAUCACGCGUUCUGUAUCACAUGCAUUAGAAAGUGGCGCAGCAGCUCUGUUACAUCUGCCACGGAUAUGGACUCUACAGUCAAGGCUUGUCCAAUAUGCCGCAAGGUCUCAUACUAUGUCAUUCCUAGUUCUACAUGGUACUCCUCAAAGGAGGAAAAACAGGAUAUAAUUGAUGGUUACAAGGCCAAGCUCAAAUCUAUUGAUUGUAGGUACUUCGACUUUGGACGGGACACGUGCCCUUUUGGUGGUCGAUGUUUUUACAAGCAUGCCUAUACUGAUGGACGUUUGGAAGAGCCGGCACCUGUGGCAGUGAUUCAUUUUCAUGCCGACGAUGGAAGUGGAGAGCACGCACGAAAUAUCGGGUUGGCAUACUUGCUCAGCCGGUUACAUCUGUAGGGAAGACAUCAAACCAUCAAAUUAAGAACAUCCAGAUGGAAGCAGCUCGAAAAGAGGUACUUAGGGAACCGUAACUCUCCAGUUGGUGGUUAUUGCCAAUGAAUAAUGCACAGAAACUUAAUUUGCUACCAGAUACCUUCAACAAGCUUCAUGAGCACUGUAAACCCGAGGACAGCAGAAAAGAUGGCGGUGCCUAAGGUCAGCCUGAGGUCUUCGCUAAUGCUAUGAGCAAAAUCUUCACGUUCCCUUUGGGCUUACAUGUACUCAUGUAGAACAGCAGAAGCAUAACAUCGUUACUACCUUGCACGUGUAUGCAAGGCACUGUAUAUACUCGUAGUGGUGGUAGUUCCUACCAUAUCUCGGCUGCGUCGAUCCAUUGAGUAAAUAAUUUGUUCGUGCUAAACAGGUAAUACAGAUCAAUGUAGAUCCUUGAUAGUUC